AUGUUAAUCUUUUUAUUCAUUUUUUACAGUUCGAAAUCUUCAUCCACUGCAACUGCUUCAAAACAAAACAAUAAUAAUAUUGAUGAUGAUUAUGAUGAAACAUCAAUCAUUGAUGAUAUUGACAAUUUACGUGAAGAAGAUGUUAGUGAAAAUGAAUCUGAUAGUGAUGAUUCAGGAGAAUAUGAUUUUCCAAAUGAUUCCAUGAUUACAAAUAUGUCAUCAGAUGAAGAUUCUUCUAAUGAUAAUGAUGAAGAUGAAGGCAAAAAUGAAAUGGAAAAUGAGGAACAAGUUUCAUUACAAGUUGAUGGAAAUAACCAAUCUCAAAAUAAUGAACAAAUUAUCAUCGGAACAGUUUCUAAUGUUGAUAUAUUGCCAUCAACGAUUUAUAAUUUAUUAAAACGAGUUAGAAAGCUAACAACAUUCAUUCGAGGAUCAAGUGUUCUUGAUCAAUACGUUCGUUGA